UGUGACAGAGUCCUUAUUUAUUGUGACCGGUCCUUGCUCGCUGCAGGUAAUCUCCACAGCCCUCCUGCUGGCCACGUGGUGCAGUCCAGGCCCUGAUCUGCUCGGACAACGAGACUCUCAUCCGCCCUGAGCCCGGGAAGAUGGUGUCGGAGUCUUCGGGCCAGCAAGAUUCUCCUGUGGACCCCUUGGAAGGGGUCAGCGGUGACUCUGGAGACACUGAUGGGUCACCCGGCCUCCUGGACACCGGCCACCUGCCUGGCCAAUCAGACAUGAAGUUCGCAAGGCACACGGCUGUCUGGAUGAACCCCCAGGGUACGCAGGGGCAGGAUUUGCCCCUACAGGUGCCCACGGUGGGGAAUGGCGGCGGCCUCGUUGUGUGGGAUGCCGCCGCUCCCUUGGGCACAUCCCCUGGUUCUUUUGAGAGCUCCGUGGUGGAGACAUCGCUGCAGAAGGACACCGUGGGCUCCGCGAGCAGCUCCCGCGAGCAGAGCAGGGACUCUGCCUUUAUCUCAACGCGAGAGCUGGUCAUGCUCCCAGGACGCCGACCUCGGAUGUCUCUGCCCCCAAGCUACAUGGUGUCGGCCGCUGCCCCGAGUUCCAAGGCCGGAGGCCCUUGUCUGGAGCCUCCCCACCCGAUAGCUUCCGCCCGUGCAGGUGCUGUUCCCGUUGGUAGGAGAAGCAUUUCCUUCAAUGCCUUCUCCCCAGAAGCAUUCAUGUUCCCUGUGGAUGUAGAAAAGGAAAACGCGCACUUCCAGGCCGCCGACGUCAUUAUCUCCGCCAUGGAGACGAUGAAGUGGGACCUCCUGAGCGGACAGCCCGUGGAGAACUGCGGCCCAGACGGCCCAGACGGAGCCAGCAGGUCGCCGGGGAAUGACGGCGGUGGCCCCGAAGCAGCCGUCUAUACCCAAGGACCACAGGGGGCCGGGUGGUCCGCCUCCUCGGACAGCGGCUCUGAAGGCUGUGCCGUGUUGCAGGUCAGCCCGGCGGCUGGGGCGCCGGACGACGGUGACGAGGUGAAGGAGGGCUGCGCACGUGACUUUGAAGAUUUUGUUAUUGUCGAGCUUGCCGCGUUCAGAGAUCCCGCGGAAACCUGCCCCCGUUCCCGCCGCCCCUCGAAGAGUGUAAUUUAUGAGCCAGACUUCAAUUCUGCGGAGCUCAUAGCCCGAGAACUGUACCAGGUGUUCCGGAGGUGCUGGGUGCUGUCGGACGCUCACCACCAGCUGGCCGUGUCGCUGAAGGCAGGGGGCUCAGUAGUUGUGAACGAAGAGCGUGCCCAGAAAGACUUGGAAUCCAGCGAGGAGUUCGGAGAGGAAAUUCAGUUUAAGUCCAGGAUCAGAGGGACGGAGGACUGGGCGCCCCCUCGAUUUCAAGUCGUAUUUAAUGUUCACCCGCCGCCCAAGAGGGAGCUCGUGGUCGCAGCCCAGAAUUUCUCGUGUGCAGGCUGUGGAACUGCAGUAGAACCCAAGUUUGUGAAGCGGCUGCGGUACUGCGAAUACCUGGGCAAGUACUUCUGCGACUGCUGCCACUCCUACGCCGAGUCCUGCAUCCCCGCGCGCAUCCUCGCCAGCUGGGACUUCAGGAAGUACCACGUCAGCAACUUCUCCAAGCAGCUGCUGGACAGCAUAUGGCACCAGCCCCUUUUCAACGUGCUGAACGUCAGCCGCGGCCCAUGCGCGAAGGCCAGGAAGCUGGACGCCGUCGUGGAAAUCCAGGAGCAGCUGUUUCAUGUCAAGAAGCUACUGAAGACCUGCCGAUUUGCUGAAAGGGCAUUAAAAGCGUUUGAGCAGGUGCCCAGACACCUGACGGAGGAGCUCCAUCUGUUCUCCCUGGAAGACCUGGUCAAGGUCAAGAAAGGGCUGCUGGCCCCCUUGCUCAAGGACGUUCUGAAAGCCUCCCUCGCCCACGUGGAGGACUGUGAGCUGUGUCAAGGAAAGGGCUUCAUCUGCGAAUUCUGCCAGAGUACAGCCGUCAUCUUCCCGUUUCAGACCACAACGUGCAGGAGGUGUUCAGAGUGCAGGGCCUGCUUCCACAAGGAGUGUUUCCAGGCCUCCCGGUGCCCCCGCUGCGUGCGGAUCGCAGCCAGGAGACGACUUUCAGAAAGCCUGCCCUCGGCGGCGACGUGACACCCGGAGCCCUGUGACAAUGGCCACGACACGCCCUCUCGCACACCGGCGUGUGUCCACUGUGGACGCCAGGACUGUUUCAGAUGCUGAGGAUUGUAUAAUGAGAAGAAAGACAGCCAAUUUUCUCUUCCUUGUGUCAUUAAUACGUUCAAAGAAUUCAGACUCUUAGUCCCGAGAGAAGGGUUGUGACUGGCAGCUUUGUUUACAAAUGCUCAGUGUUUUCGCUGCUACUGUUUUUUUAAGACGUUUUGUAAAAAAUAUUUAUAUUGUAUUUGAAUGGUUGUAUUUAACGCAUGUGGGAGCUUAUUUUUUUUUUUUUAUGAAUUGUAACUGACAAGGUGAAUUACUCAGUCCCUCUUCUGGUGAAGCUUGUUUGUGAGCUGGGUUGGAACUUCCACUGACCUGAAACGCAACCCGAAUCGAAUCCCCUUGCUCAGGCUGGAUUUUCGGCCUCAGUGCCUUUUUGUAUUGUGUCGGCCCUCCGGUCUUUAUUACCCCAGGGUUUGCUUAGAGAGGCCCCAUGUUUAUUGCCCCAGGGU